GCAAGCUAGCGUGAUGAAAUAUUUUUCAAAAACAUCAAAUCAACAAUCAGCAGCAGAACAAAAUUCUAAAGCUUGUAUUGGAUUAACUAAUGAAAAGAUUGAAAAUUAUGUAAUCAAAAGUCCAGCUGAGUUUGGAGGUUCAAAACACGAUUUUGUAAUAGCAAAGAAAUUAUUUCCAAAGAAAUUUCCAAAAAAUUCUAAAUUUUCAUAUUCUCAAUUAACUUCGGAAGAAUUACAACAAUUAAAAACCACUUUGCAUGCACAUGCUAAAUGGAUUAUAGAAAAGGAAACUUUAUCAGUUAGAAGCAUAAAAUGCGAAUUGUUUACUCUUAAUACAAAUAAAAUUU